CCACACAUACACACGCAUACAGUGCAGGUAACGCGCUAUUAGUUUGAGGCUUUAUGCGAAAGUGGAGAAAAACAACCCAAUCCCAAACAGAAUAGUGCCCCCAUUGGCCGCCGCAACUCGCAAAUCGCUUUAUAGAUACCCCUAACAGGCAGACGCCAUCAAAUGAUACGCGGCCAACUUAUGUGAGAGAUGGCGUUGAACAAAAGGUUGAGCUCCCAAGCGGACGGAGCGGACUUCAAGUUUGCGUGUCGCUGCUGUCUGAAGAUGAACACCGAGUUCCUUAAGCUGGACUCUGUGACGGUGGCUAGCAGUCUGAACCCGGCGGAGGCAAAGGAUAAGAUUCCGCUAAUGCGUUGCCUGCUGUACUGUACACGCAGUGAAAACCCGGCCGAGCUUCCCCAGUACAUCUGCAUCGAAUGCAGUCAGAGCCUCCAGGUAGCCUACUACUUCCUCCAGAACGCAGUUCGCGCGCAUGAAUUCCUCUGUCGCAAAUUGUGUCCGUAUAAGGCUUUCAAAACUCGGGUCAACGGUUCCCUAGGCCAGGAGCUGGAACAACAUUUGGAGAGCGAUACUGAGAGGACGAAGCCAUUGAAAACAAUGCGCCACGAGUGCCAGGUGUGUGGGGUCAUCGUUUACAAUCGCCUCGAGCUCAAGCAGCACAUCCGCCUCCAUGCAGAUGGACUCGCUUAUCACUGCAAGAUGUGCAGCUUUACAACGCUAAAGCAGCGUCUGUUGCACGAUCACUAUCGUUCAACUCACAACCAAAACGCUACCCAGGCCGAGGAGCUUUCCAAAGUGAAGCUUGAGCCAAUAAAAAAGGAAGAUGAGGUAAAGGUGUGCACAAUGGAGGAUAUGGAGCUUUUGAUACCCACGGUACUAACGCCGGAGGACUACUCAGCGGUGCCGAUCGAUGCGGACCAGUUGCGAGAUAUUGAACAGCAGCUGGCGGCCACAAUGGGCGAGGCUGCGCCGGGGGUGGACACUCUAACCUCCACAUUACCGCCCAUGGAUACCCAAAACGUGAGCAUCGGCACCGAGUAUCUUGUCUUGCCAGAUGGAUCGCUGCAGCAGGUCAACGGAGGCGGCGUGGUCAUUGAGUAUAUUGACGAUAGCAAGCCCCCAAAUGUUAAUCCCCAUCCCCCUUCCAUCAACAUAAACCUGCAGAAUCUUCUUGGGGGUGGCGACGAUGGGAUGGAUAUUGAUGUCAAUGAGCUGAUUGUGGAAGAUGCACUUCCGCAAAUAAAAGUAACGCCAAAGCCAGCGCCGCUUGGAUCUCCAGUGCACAAACACAAAUGCAAAUUGUGCCCCAAAACAUUCGCCACUUUGGCACGUCUAAAGUCUCAUCAGUUGACGCACAGCCAUUUGCCGAAGUUUUUCUGCGAUCAGUGCGAAUACUACUCACUGCGCAGCGCCGAUCUCAUCCAGCACUAUCAGAACCAACACCACCGGGCGGAGGGUGUUGCGGAGAAAACGGACGGUUUGAAACAGGAGGUUCGCACAUACUCUUGCGACAUGUGCCUCUAUGAGACGAGUACAGUCAACGAACUGCGUGUCCACUACGCACAGAGUCAUACGGUUCAGCCGACGGAUGUGGAGCUACGUCCCAGCUGGACGGCCGAUAAUAGUAAUGCUGUCAAAGAUGCUCCUGUAGACGAAAAGCCGCCGGCAACUCUACCGCCAUUGACAAACUCUUCCGAAAACCACGUACCCAUCAAAUGUCCUCCUGCAGUUGCAGACACACAACCGGGGCAAUUUCAGCAGCUGCCGGUAGAGGCAACGACAUCCGUUGCCCAAACCGAGGUCAUCUUUGCGGCCACUUCCAAUUCCAUUAACGCAGUUCAUGCGCCACCAGUACAAGAAGUUGCCGUAACCACUGACGGGGCUCCAUGCAGUUCAUUCGAAAUCUUUCCAGAAAUCUCCCAAGGCAAUUUGUCGGCUAACGAAACCGUACCGCAGGCGCCGGCAAAUACUUCCAAUCUAAAUAUUUCCAUGUUCGGUGACAUGCAGGAUUUUAUUGACAACACCGACGUGGCUGCCAUAUGCACCAUUCCAGCCGAUGAUAUGCCAGUGGUAGAUGGCGACGACAUCGUCAUUGAUAAUAACAAUAUCAGCCUGGACUUUGAUGCCGAAAAUCUGUUCGAGGACUUUGAAGAAGACGAGGAGGUGGCGGCCGAGGAGGAGGACGAUGAAGGUGACAACGAGGACGAGAACGAAAAUAAUGAUGCAGCCACUGAUCAGAAUCUGCUGCUAACCAGUGACGAUGACGAUGUCGACGAUUUCGAUGAUGAGCAAUCGAAGCAUCUUCAGAAGCCUUAUUGUAUUUAUUGCAACAAAAAAUUCACCAGCCAGUACAAAUUUGAGAAUCACAUGUUUGUUCAUCGGGGUCUGGCUCCCUAUCGCUGCGAGUUGUGCACCAAUCUCUACAACAUGAAGCGACUCCUGAUCAGACACUACAAAACCGUUCACAAGCGAAUGCCCACAAGGGAUAUGGUCCAAGCCAAAGGUGACAAGGUUACGGUGGCACGAUCGAGCCUUGAAAAGAUCGAAACUAACUUCAACAAGAAUCCGAUGCUCAUGUGUGCAAAGUGUCCGUUCGAGUGUGAGCCGGAGGGAGAGAUGCGAAAGCAUUUAAAUGCCCACCACGGCAUCAACGAUGGAGUAUCCGUUCAUGCAAACGAAGUGUUUAUCAUACGCAAACUGCCCUUUGAGUGCCCGCGAUGCAUUCGCUCGUUUGCGGCCAAGAGCACCCUGAUUCGUCAUCUGCAGCGAAGCCAUUUGGUGGAGACGAUCAUCGAGAUGCCAUCAUCACAAGCAACAGCCAGUUCGGCAGCCACAACCACAACAACGACGGCCACGGCGACCACAUCCGGGCCGGCCAGCAGCACUCAGGAUGGAGAUAGGAUGACAGUAUCGUCGACUGCUGCUAAAAGUGGCGGUGGCGGUGGCAAUGGGGAAUGCGAGGGGACAGGCAAAGAUGAUGGAGACCCAACAGGAGAAGGAGCAUCAAUUAAAGCGGAAUUAAUACAACCCAAAGAGGAAUUCGAUGUCGUUUCAUUCGGGACCUCCGCUGCCCCAACAGCCGGCAUAUCAUCAGCAACGGCAGCCAAUCCUGGAACCGCAGUAAAAACAUCAACAUCGCCCAUUACAACCACAGCCUCAUCCACAUCGGCAUCCUUCUCGACACUUUACCCCACGCCCACGCCAUUCGACUUGGACUGUGACCUGAUAUCCGAUGUCCCAGUCGAGCAAACCACACCCACGCCCACUACAAACUCUAAUCCCAGCGCACUUUUAAAUGGCAGUGAUAAGUUUCUGUCAAGUCUGCCCCAAGCAGAGAAAUAUGUACCAUCCAAUUCCCGACUCCCACGCACCCCAUCAUACAAGUGCAAGUUGUGCAGCGAGACAUUCGACGAGCUGGGAAAGCUGGUUAAGCACGAGAUGGUGCACUCGAGUACGGAAUCUAAUCGGUAUAACUAUCAACACAAGUGCACUAUUUGCAACACCAGCUACCGCAAUCUGACUUUGUUGAAGUUUCACAUGAAACGGCACACAAAUCGCAAGAUUCAGUGCAAGCUAUGCCCAAAGUCUUUCGCAACCAACCAGGAGCUGGAUCGUCACUCGAAGGCCAAGCAUAUGAGACCGAAGACGUUCCGGUGCACGUUGAACAACUGCAACAAGACGUUCGCAUACAAGCACCACAUGGUGCGGCAUCAGAAUGCGACCCACUUGCAGACGCGGCACGUGUGCACCAUAUGCGACAAGGAGAUGAUGACCAGUCUACUACUGCGGAACCACAUGUCCGUACACAAAAGUGGAACACUGUAUAAGUGUCCACAUUGUGAUCGACAAUAUUUACGUCGGGGACGGAUUUGUUCACAUAUUCUGAAAGUUCAUAAAAUCAAAGCAACAGAGGCGGAAUUAGCCGAAAUCUUUAAGGCCAGCUCGAAUGGCACGCAUGAAUUAAAGUCGAGGAGCCGCCAGGGACAGCUAGUGCGGCGCAAAGGAUUGGAUAUCAAAACUGAAGUCAAAGAAGAACCGGGUCUUCAAUCAUCUGCAGAGGAUAUAUAAUAUUAGAUCAGACUCAUACACCUGCUAGUAAAGGCAAACAUCGCACAUUGUACAUAGUUUAGUAUAUAGCCUAAGUACCCUUCCUCACAAAGCUGCGCAUAUAAUGUCAUGAAAUUAUCCCAACUAAGUGCUAGACUAAGAAUGCAUACCUUAAUCUAGAUCGGCCAUUGCGCCCAAAUAUAGACAACAAUGUCGAAAAAUGUGAAUCGACAGCCUUGUGUAUGACAAGUAUUGGUAGUACCAUUCUAAACUAGGAUACGCCUCAGUGGCAAUAUGUAAUUUAUAUAAAAGCCUUAAUUGUAAUUAUAUAUUUUGAAACAACGUGACGAUGAUUAAGGCAAUCUCCACCAGCUGGCUCUGCUUUGGCCAAAGAGAAACAGCUCCGUAGAGUUUAAGCACCAAAAAUUGUAUUGCAAAGCAGCAAUUGCUUCAG